AUGGACGUUUGUUUAACUUGGAUGUCGGCGUUCCUUCAUCGCCUCGCAGCCCGCCAGCCGUCAAUCAGCGGCGCCGAGUCACGUGACCCGCCGGAGGAGGAGCACCGGGCUUCAAAAGAGCGGCACCCGCAGGACCGGACCAGAGACCAGCCCAGAACCAGAACCAGCACCCGGACCAGCAGCAGAUCCCAGACCAGUAUGCAGUGUGUUCGCUGUCCCGCCGUUUUGGUUCUCGUGGCGUUGGUCCUGUGCGGAGUUUCCUCGCAGCCCGACAGAGACCAGGACCAGUUCCAGAACCAGGACCUGGACCUGGAGCUGCGUCACCACCGGCUGCUGCAAAGAGCUCGUAGCGCCGGACUCCUGUCGCAGGAGUGGAGUAAACGUGCGGUGGAGGACCUGCUGGCCCAGAUGUCGUUGCCAGAACCCGACGCCCAGCGCGAGGCCGAGGUCGUCUCCAUGGCAACAGGCGGGAGGAUGAAUCUGGAGCGGUCCGUCGACCCGCCCAACAACAUCCCGCCACGCGACCGCAAAGCCGGCUGCAAGAACUUCUACUGGAAGGGCUUCACCUCCUGCUAG